AUGAAAGGGAUGGCGAAGAAGCCGGAGGACAAGAGGGUUGCGUCCAACUGCAUGAAGGAAGCCGCGAAUAGGUACCCGAAUUUCAUGGAUGACGCAGCCCAGGCUCUUCCUGAUAAGUGUGGUGUAAAGAUGGAUUUUCCAAUCUCUAGACGCAUCGACUGUGAUGGGCUGCCAUUGAUGGACAUAGGCGCAGUGAAUGUCAGAGUUGGGGUGGUUGGGCUGUCGAAUUUAGUGGCGACGACGAUGAUGGUUGAGUUGCUAGAGUUAUUUAAUUUAAAUUGA